AUCUAUAUAAAUGGCCAAGCCCAUUCCAACUUCUUAGACAUUUCCAUUUCAUUGCUUCUAAGAAUGUGCAAAGGAGGAGGAGGAGAAGAGGGAAGCCAAAGAGACUUUGGCCAGUCUAUGAUCAAGAAAGAGGUUGAUUCAGCUGAUGGCACAGAAGGUCCAGUGUCUUGUGAGCUCUGCAGUUCUGAGGCCUCAUUGUACUGCCAAGCCGAUGACGCGUUUUUGUGCAGAAAAUGUGACAGAUGGGUGCAUGGAGCUAAUUUCUUGGCACAAAGGCACAUUAGAUGCCUCCUUUGCACCACAUGCCAUAGCCUCACGCGGCGAUAUCUCAUCGGAGCUUCACUUGAGGUGGUGCUUCCCACCAUUCUGAGUUUGACACAGAGAAGCCAGUGUAAUUCAGAUGGGAAAACUAUGUGCCCAAGAACACUGAAAAUGCCUUUUUUGUUUCUUUGAAUGUUUUGUGAUCUUAGUAAGUCUCUUAUUAUGUCAUGUUAUUCUAAUUUUAGGGUUUGUAGUCCAAUUGAUACACAGAUUGUUAUCAUAAAUUGAGGUUAUUUAGGAAAAAGGUGGUCAUUUUCUAAGAGUUUGGGAAAUUCAUGAGAAAUCAAAAGAGAGGAAUGAAAAGUAAUGUUAUUUCUUUGGGAUUA